UGCACCAUGUUAGGUUUAAGUGCACUGAAGCUGUGCGAAAAGACUCUACACAAGAGUCGUAGAAUGCAGCGUUUUGUGUUGUAGCAAGUAAAAUAUUGCCACGUCAGUUAGUCUUUUGGGAAAAUGACGUCUGGGAAGAAUUGUUUUAAGUUAAAAUCAAACAAAAUCAAGAAACUCGCGAAACGCGCACGAAAAGAAACUUUUUUUAUGACAAGGUCCAUUUUUCUUUCAGUUCAGUGGCUCAUUUCCGAGGGACUCUUGAACGCAGCAUCGCCAUCAAAACAACAAGACGUUAAACUCGGUUAAACUCGACCGCGCUCGUGCGUCAAUAUGGACAAAUGAGAGAGCGCCAUCUCUCUACCCGGAAGAAGGAUUUCCCCGACAGCUCCACCCAGACCGUCCAUGGCCGACGAGCAUGAGUCCUUCGACCUCAGGUCUCCUCCGCUGGACCCAUCCGCAGCUGCAGGACACAGCUGGUUCCCCGGACCCCCUCCACCCAUGUAUUCCUGCACCCUGACCCCCGAGCUGGUGCACAAGGCACGGGAGGAGCUCCAGGAGAAGCCGGAGUGGCGUCUUCGGGAUGUCCAAGCACUGAGAGACAUGAUACUGAAGGAACAGCCCAACCUCAGGACCCGGCUGGACGACGCCUUCCUGCUGCGCUUCCUGCGGGCCAGGAAGUUUGACUACGACCGUGCCCUGCAGCUGCUGCUCAACUACCAAGCCGGCCGGAAGGCUUGGCCCGAGGUGUUCCAGGACCUGAAGCCGUCCACGGUGAAGCACGUCCUGGACCUGGGCUUUCUCACCGUCCUGCCACAGCCCGACCCCAACGGGAGAUACAUCCUCUGUCUCCGGCCAGGGAAAUGGAAACCAAAUGAUUAUCCAUUUGUCGACAAUGUGAGGGCCAUUUAUCUGACUCUGGAGAAGCUGAUCCAGCCGGAGGAGACGCAGGUGAACGGUAUUGUGAUCUUAGCCGACUACACCGGAGUGGGCAUGUCCCAAGCGUCCAAUCCAGGCCCGUUCCUCGCCAAAAAAGUUGUAAGCAUCCUCCAGGAUGGCUUUCCGAUCCGAAUCAAGGCCGUUAACAUAAUAAACGAGCCCAUGAUCUUCAAAGGCAUCUUUGCCAUAAUAAAGCCUUUUCUGAAGGAGAAGAUGGCAGAGAGGUACAUUCUCCACGGCUCGGACCUGCGCUCUCUGCACCGGAACAUCCCCCGCUCGGUUCUGCCCGAGGAGUACGGCGGCAUCGCGGCCCAGCUGGACUUGUGUGCGUGGUCCAGAGUGCUUCUGAACUGUGAGGAGGAAUUCAUAGUGGAGUUCUGCCAGCCGGAUCCACUAGAGGGCGUGGUGCUUCCAGACGCCAUGCUGUUCGAAGGGGAGCAGGCCAGCGGGCAGGACGACGACACCUUCAGGGGGCUGCGCUCGCAACUCUACUACUGUUACUGAUGCACACACGCCCACCACAGAGAGGACAUUUUUCUGUUUCCUUUGAAACGUGUGUAGACUUUACAGGGCAAGUUGCCAAUAUUCUACAUGAUUUAUUUUACUAACUAAGCAGCACUACUAUAGGUAGAUCUAGUCUUCUGUAGUUUACACAUAGCCCAGCAUUCAGUCAUGGUUCCAAGGCAGCUGCAGGCUCAGGCAAAGAGGCUUCUGACAUGCGCCGGUGCAUGUUUGGCCAUUAUCGGAGGCACUUAACGGUGGGUACUUAAAGGAUAAGUUCACAUUUUUUCAGUAGUCAGGUCAUGUACACUGAAGCAUGCAAUUAUUCCUCUUGUCCAUACUGACCGUUAAAGGAUCCCUUCCUAAUGUGCUUCCAAUGUAAGAGAUGGGGGACAAAAUCCACAGUCUUUGUUGUGCCAGACCUGUCUCCACAGCACCGCUGAGGAAGGUUUGGCAAAAGGAGCAUACAUUCUGGGAUAGGAGAAAAAAAACACUCUGGGGUUGGUUGCAUUUCUUUAAACCAAUCGCAAUCGGCCGUGCCUCUUGCAAAAAUAUUCCCGGGAAGGAACUUAUUUAGGAAA